AUGUUGCAUGAAUACUUCGAACGUAAAUAUUCCGAAUGGAAUAUCUUGGGAUUCCUGAACAAGCGGGAAUUGAUAGCAAGGGAUCCUCUGAGAUUUUUUGUUAUUGGCGGUAUCGAGGCGCAGGUUAUCCUCCGAGAUCGUCUGUUGUUCAAGACUAAAAGUCAACUCGGUACCGGCCCUGUUGGAGUCCAGAUGAUCCUCCGAGAUCGUUUGACGUUCAAGGAACCUAAGCCCGACUACAAAAUAGCUAGAAGAUGGGAAGAGGAACACGUUAAUGUUAAUAGACAGAUUCAUCUCUAUAACCCGACACUCGUGAAAGUAAACAACGGAAUCGGAACUAUAGGAAAUAUAGAAACGGUAAAUGGGUUUUCUGCUGGAUCAAAGAAGGAGGUUCCUUAUUUGCAGGAUAAAAAAUCGAAUGUCCCAGCUAAAAAGGUCAAAGCCACCAACAGAGAUGAAGAAAACUUAGAUCUAUUCUUUAACAGUAACAAAGCCAAAGGAUCAACAAGCUCUGAUUUUUUGAAAAAUAUGGCAUCAUCAAGUUCGCAAUACUUGGAAAUGACUAACGGCACAAGCGAAGUUAAUAGUUCCAGGCCAUAUACUCUACCUCAUCAAAUACAGUCUGCACCAAGGAAUCAAGACUUGAUCACACCACACAAACCAACUCUUUAUGAGCAUACUGCGAAAUAUUUGUCAAAACAUUUUUCAAUGAGUAUUAACCAAGAUUGUGUUAUUAUGAAAGCAAAUCAAGUUGUAACAAUUCCAUCGGAAAUUCGCCAUUGGCUUAUUGACUCAUUUUCAUUCAUAAAAGAUGUCAAAUCUGUAUUUCCAGAAUUCGAUUUUACUUUAAGCAAAGUUGAUGGAAUUGGUUUCAAAACUGGAAGCAACAAAGAAUUAGUAUUUAUUGAGAUCUCCGGUGGACCAGAAAGUCCUGUUGAAAAACAUGUUAAAGAAGACACGGAAAAGUUGAUUAAAGAGGCAAUGUUUGGCUUAAUUUCCCUUCUUCGUGAUUACUUGGAUAAAAACGCCGAAUAUGCAAGGAACAUAUGCACUUACAUGGUGCAAGGCAUCGGUGACAGGAUUACGCUUAGCAAACUUCAGCUCGAUCAAAAACACUUUUAUAAAGUCUUGCAGAUUAAGUUGGCAAAACUUCCAUUUUCAUUUGAUGAAGUCGAAAAAUACUUAGAAGUUUUUGAAUUAUUAUACGCAUUAAUUAGCGAAUUGAAAAAUACACAAAAGGAGUUGAAAAAACUAACGUGCUCAAAUUCAGCUGUAGAUCAGCCAACAGUGAGAAGUUGGUUAUGGGUACUGAACAAUAUUGCAACGUGGGAAGGUGUUGGAAUAACAUAUGAAGGUUAA